GUUUCGGUGUCGUUGGUAAAUGACAAACAUCAGUUUCCUGUUUCAUGUUGAUAAAAGGACAGUAUGGAAGAUGAAAAUGUUUUGGUGGAACCAAUUGGCAAAACAGUUUUUACUUGUGUGUACAGUUGUAAUGUUAUAUUACAUUUGACUUUUGUGGUUUUACUGAGCUGUUAGAGUACAGUCAGGUCUCUGACACACCCAGUGGGAUGAAGCCUGAGCAGAGCGUGAAAAAAAAAGAUAAAAGGAAGACAUGAUGAAAGGUUAAAAACAUCGACACUUAUCUUCAGCAUCAGUGUCUUUAAUGAAGACUCACCGGGGUUCAGUUUACAGCAGGGGUCUGAGGUAAAGAAGGUGCUAAUGACAUUUUAAGAACACCAUGAAUUAACCUACUUGAAAGAAAGAUGAGACGAAGAUGAAUCAUUCCAACGUUGGAGCCACAAAUAAGACUCUUACCUCUGAGAAAGUGGACACAGAUGGCUAUAAAACAGGAGACGGUGUAGGAGCAGGGAUCUCUGGAGCUCAGGUGCAGGGACUGAAAACAAAAGUACACACAUUACAGGACAAAUUUGAUCAACUCUUAUCUGAGUACUCUAAGAAGGAUGAUGAAAAAGCUCAACUCCUGGCAAAAAUUAAAGACCUAGAGGAGGACAGAGCCAGGUUGAGGAAGACCACCAACGGUCAGCAAACACAGAUUGAGAAGCACAGAGCUUUAGCCGAGGCCUCGACUAAAAAAUGUGAAGGUCUUCAGCUGCAGGUGUCUGCUUUAAAAAAGGAAAUACAAGAUCUGGAUGAAGCCCAGGAGCAGGCAGCGGCCAAUCAGGGUGCUUUGGAGCUUCGUCUGAACAGAGCUCUGGAGGAGGUGGAGAGAACAAAGACCCAACUCAGCAAGAUGAAGCAAAUCCAUCAGGACAAGCUGAGUUCGGAACAGCAGAGUAAAGAAAUUGUACUGACUGAAAACAAAGUGCUCAAAAAACAAAAAGCAGAACUGAUUAUUGGAUUCAAGAAACAGCUGAAGCUCAUCGAUGUUCUGAAGAAACUUAAGAUGCACGUCGAAGCUUCGAGGCUGCUGUCCUUCACGGAGGAGGAAUUCAAGAAGGCUCUCAACAAGGGGAAGUCAUGAAGGCAGAGAACCAGACACAACAGCUGAAUGUUUUAGUCACAGGCCACAGGGCAAAGUCUGAAGAAUGUACUGUUUCUGUGAAAAAUGAUUUCAUAUAUUCCUACAUUGUCAUUAAACAACAACUGAUCAAAAUCAAAGCAGGCUAAAGGUGAAAACUCUGGUACAGAAACAUCAUGUGCAGUACAGACCACUGAAGGACACAUGAAAAAUGACAGAAUAUAAUUUUAUAUUUUCAUUCUUCUUCUGAGACACCCACUGUGUAAGAGUGCCUAAAAUAAGGGUUAUGGACCAAAUGUAGCCCAUGUGUCUGACGUGAUGGUUGAACUUUAAGCAGUAAGACAUUUAAUUAUAGUUUCAAAAGAGAUAGGGAAAUGAUUUCUCCUUAGCUUGUUCCUAAGAUUUUUUUUAGAAACUGGUACUUUUAUAUAUAUCCUCUAUGUAAAGUAUUUAUUCACUGUGAACCACAAAAAAAAUUCCAUUAUACAUGAAUUGAACAAGUUAGUAAAUUUCUACAACUCCAAAGCAAUUGAUGAACCUUUUUCUGUCAUUUCUGUUAUUUGCCCUCAAACUGCAAUUUCUUUUUUUAUAUUUAACACGAGUUUUCUUUGUUAGAAAUAAAAAAAAAGAGCAGAAUCUCAGAAAUUACUGUAGAUGGCACUGCUUUUCUGUUACUUUAUCAAAAACACAAUUCCCUGAACAUCAGACAGGUGGUUUGACAUUGACCUUGACUCACAAAGUACCAAGAAGGUCAAAAUCUAUAAAGAUGUUUUUACUGUGUCAGCACAGACAGAGGCAUUUACAGACUUGUUCUACAGAUGUAUGUACAAGUGGAAACUUCUUGAAAUAACAAAUAUUGUCCAGAAGAGUAAACAAUGUUUUCCUUAUUUUUUCCCAGUUUAAAAGAAAAUAAAGUUUUUCCUUUAAUGAAAGAUUAAAAACAAAUGAGGCAUCGAUGGUUGGGAAGUAAAAAAAUAAUUUCCUAUGAUUUCUAUAAUUAAACACAAUUGACAGCAAUACAGUUUACCUUCCAAUAACUCUUGGGCCCAGUGCUUAAACCUCACCUUUUAUUCCUUCACCAAACAUUUCACAAACAUAUAUUCUCAAUCAAUAAAUAUAGGAUCAACUUUCCUAAAAUGCAGGUGUUGAAUGCUGUCUAUAAAUUUAAAGCUACAUUCUGUAAACCCUCACCUCAACUCUUUAACAU